UGGUGGCAUAGCGGGGAGCCUUGCUGCACAGCGUGGGACCAUGGAGGGAAACAUGCACCUCCUCCAGGUCAUCCGCAAGAUGCAUUCCCAAAUCAACAAGCUGGAGAGGGAAAACAGGGUCCUGAGAGGAGAGCUGCAGGUCUGCGGGCAGAGAGCUGUGCCACUGGAGAGAGAGGCAGCAAGAGGAGGUGGGAACAGCAGCAUGAGAAACCUCACCAGUGAUGGGGAAGGACCAGCUGGCUCUCCAGCAUUCCUGCACAGAAGCAUCGUGGCUGAUCCUGCUCCAGCACCAAAGGAGCAGACAGAUACCACCAUGACCGUGCGGCGCUACUCCACGGCUGCACCAGCACCCGCUCCUUCCAGCACGAGGUCUCAUCGGGCUGGCAAGAGGCCUCUGAGCAAUGGGCUCCCGGGCACUGCCCAGCCACCAGCCCCUCCGGCCGCAGCACAGAUCACCAGUGGAGAGGAGAAAGGGCUCGAAAAAAACCCAUCAAACUGUCUCUUCUACAAUCAUUCCAGCAAAACAGAGCUGUUUCGGGAGCAUGUCCAUAAGUGUAGGGGUAAAGUAAAGGCUGUUAGUUUCCUCUUACCAAUGGAUAUGUCAUCAUAUGCUGAAAAGCAAGGCUCCCUCCCAAGCCCACAAAAUCAGAGAACAAAACAGUUAACCACCAUCGCUGAAAAGGAUAUGUGAGCUGGUGAAUUUUUAAAGGCCCACUGAUUCUUGAGAUAAAUUGGCCUUAAAUGAUAGCUGUGUGUCAGGUUCCUUCCCUGCAAAACGCUUUGGCAGGAUGCCUGCACAGAGAAUCACCCAGCCUGUGUUUCGGGUCACUGCCCCGAUGUUUAGCAUGGAAAUGGAAGCCCCAACAAAGGCGGCUGGAAGCCUGUACACCGUGAUGAAGCCACAUGAUAGCAAAGGUACCUCCAUGAAGUAGCUUCUGCACAACAUGUCUCAAGGAUCUCUUACCUUAGGACUGCUGUCAACAGGGUGUUUGUCACAAAAAGCAGAAACUAUGUCACUGCUUGUGUUUGCUGAUUCCCUUGCCAGAAAGGCAUUUGAUGCAGAUGACAAAAUGAGCUAUGAAAGAGCCUGUGAAGUUUUCUCUGUAUAUAAAACUUUAAAACUUCAUGAUACCGAUACAGCAAAAUUAAGAAGGCAUUACAGAGUCAGUUAACAUUACUCUGAAUUUCUGUAAAGCUUGGCAGUGACUGUUUAUGACCAUUUGGGGUUCACCUCUAAGAGAGCUCAGGGGAGACUAAGUACUUAGCAAUAUGAAAAUGUGACUACAAACCUGAUUCUGACUUGGUGUGUUCAGCCAGCCAGAGACUAAAGACUGUACACCAAGCUAAAAUUGUAAAUAUCAGUAUUUUUCAGGAAUGGCUUCUCAGCAUGUAUCAGAUCAAAAAUCAUUAGCAGAAAUUCAGCAAACAGGUGCAAAAUAAAUGAGAGAGAACUACAGACAGCUUGUAAAAAAUGAGAAGUGCUUGUUAGUUCUAGUCUUAUGAGUAAAUACAGUGUCCCACAUGUUUAUUUUGAUUGCAAAUAUUUAUGGAACCAGAAUACUGCACAUUGCUAUUUCUUUAUGUACAGGCAGCACUGAUUGAAUAUUGUACAGAGAAUGCAUGAACAGUAGAUGUUUGUACCAAUAACUUUAUGGAAGAUUUUAAUCUCAUUGUCUAUUCUUAAACUCUUGAACAUGCAAAAUCAGAAAUCUGGUGGAAAGAAAAAAAUCCUUUCUGGAUUUUUCUGUGAUGAUGUACAAAAAUCUUUGCUCCUUUUUUCA